AUGGAAACUGUAAUAUCAGUGAUCCAACAUUCAUCUUCAAUUAAUAAUGCAUUUAUAUCAACAGUAGAUCAUCUACCUUGUGAUGUUAUUAGAUCGUUAUGGUUGAUUCAAUCAUGCAAUAUAGCAUCAAAUACAUUUAAAAAUCAAUUGAAUGAAUUAAUUAAAAAAUUACAGAAUGAUCCAAGCAUAAAGAAUGAAGUUCUUGGAGAAUAUUUCAAGUUAAAGGCAAAGAUACGACGAUUAAACGAAGAAUCUGUGCAAGAGAGUAAAGCCUUAUAUAACCAAUUGAUAACCCAUAAAAUAUCUUUAAAGGAGGAAUUAAAACAAUUGGAUGCAUUGGCCAAUGUUUCAUCGGAGAUAGAUAUAUCUUUAGCAAAAAAUCUAGAGAAUGAAAUUUUGGAACAUUAUAGAGAAAAUCCUUUAGUUUCUCAAAGAGAAGCGUUGAAGGAGCAACAUGAAAGGAAACAACAAGAGAAGAAAAACAAAUCAAUAAAAUUAAUUUUGAAGAUUCCAAAGAAGAAUAAGGAUAAGAAAGCUGUUGAUAGGAGAGGUAGUAUAGACAAGAGACCUCGUGGUAGACCACGUAAGGAUGAAUUAAUAGAGUCAAAGAAGCAAUCACAGAAACAAAAACAACAGAAACAAACAAUGAAGAAGAUAAAGCAUGAAAUUAAUAUACCUGAACCUGAACCUGAACCAAUAUUUGAAGAGCCAGAAGUGGAUAAUAGUGUGUAUUGUUUCUGUAAGCAACCGUCUCUGGGAGAUAUGAUUGGAUGUGAUAACGAAACCGCGUGUCCUAAUGGAGAUUGGUUCCAUUAUAAGUGUGUUGGAUUACUUAACCGAGUAGAGGCAUUAAAGUAUGCCACGGGUAAACAAAAGUGGUUCUGUUCAGACCAUUGUAGAAUGGUAGUUGAAGCAAAACAGAAAAAGAAAAAGAAGAGAAGGAAUUGGUAA